AAAAUGGGCCCAGCCCAUCCACCCCGUACUUAAUUCUUACGCCCACAUGGCGCCCCAAAACCCUAGGACCCGUCCCUCCGCCGCCUCCAUCCUUACCGCCGCCGCCGCCGCCGCCGCUGCACAGCCAUGGGUAUCGACCUCGUCGCCGGCGGCCGCAACAAGAAGACAAAGCGCACGGCGCCCAAGUCCGACGAUGUCUACCUCAAGCUCCUCGUCAAGCUCUACCGCUUUCUAGUGCGGAGGACCAAGAGCAACUUCAACGCCGUGGUCCUGAAGCGGCUGUUCAUGAGCAAGACCAACCGCCCGCCGCUCUCCAUGCGCCGCCUCGUCAAGUUCAUGGAGGGGAAGGGGGACCAGAUUGCUGUGAUCGUGGGCUCUGUGACCGACGACAAGAGGAUCAAUGAGGUGCCGGCGAUGAAGGUGUGCGCGCUCAGGUUCACCGAGACGGCGAGGGCCAGGAUCAUCAAUGCUGGUGGCGAGUGCCUCACCUUCGACCAGCUCGCGCUCCGUGCACCGCUCGGCCAGAACACGAUUCUCCUGAGGGGUCCUAAGAAUGCUAGGGAAGCUGUUAAGCACUUUGGCCCUGCUCCGGGGGUCCCACACAGCCACACCAAACCAUAUGUUCGGUCAAAGGGAAGGAAAUUUGAGAAGGCAAGAGGAAGGAGGAACAGCAGGGGCUUCAAGGUCUAAGUUGCAGAAACUUUGCACCCCCCAUAUCAUAUUGCUCUUAUCAGCUACACAUCACUGUUUGAUGCCAGGAUUACACUGUUUUAGAUGUCAGAUUCUUGUUUUAUUACCGGGUUCCAGACCAAUAAAAUUUUGUUCUUAUUUUUGCACUAUAACACUUGUGUUUGCCAGCCCAUUACGAAUAUGCUUUCUCAUGUCA